GUUGCUGGAGUUAAAUUAACUUCAUGUUUAGAGUAAAACAAGCAGAGUUAAAAUAACCCAUCCACAGAGAGUCAAAUUGAUCCUAUCUCAUGAAUUAUAGCAGAGUUAAAUUAACCCAUUCACAGAGAGCAAAGUUGAUCCUAUCGCAAUGCAUAAUGGCAGAGUUAAAAUAACCCAUCUAUCAGAGAGUUAAAUUGAUCCUAUCACAAAGCAUUAUGGGAGAGCCCGCGUUAUUCGGGUCAUUUUCUGUGUCUCGACGUUGAACGAAAAUGAAGAGUUUAAUUGAUUUUUUUCGUCUUUUUAUUGGAAUGUGUUUGAAGAAUUCUUGGCAGUCAGCCAUCAAAAAUCAUUUCAAGAAUAUCAUGAAAACUGAACGAGUUGCUGCUGGAAAUGGAACUGGAGGUGCAGCAGUGGUAAAACCAGAGAUAAAAAAGAAAAGAAAAUGUGAGGUAGUAGAAACAGAGGAUGACAAAGGUCAAAGUUGAUUUCUAAAAUUAUGCGUUAAUCAGCAACCUAUGGUUUCCAGCGGAGAAAUAUCUUUGAAAAUCCUUUUUUCAUUAAUUAAACAUCAUGGAGGGAUAUCCCGCACUCCAGUUGGUGUCAGAGGAAAAUGUCAACCCUAUCAGAUGUUGAAGUCAAAAUAUUUUUAGAGGAAGUCCUAUGCAUUGAAGACGCGAAAACAAAAUUCAAACACAACAAAGAGAAACUACUCAGAGAAAUACUUUACCAAUUUCAGCACGUUGAGCCAUAUCACAGCAUAGUUUGCUUAGGUACUAAGCCAGAAGACCGUCACCUACCACUUUGGGAUGAAAUUAAAGAGAAUUUAUUCAGAAAGAGAGGUGGCCGUUGUUAUGUGGCUAAUCAAUUCAUGAAAAUACUUCUGGAAAAGAUUGGUUAUGAUGUCUACCACACCAGGGGCUCAGUAUUAAAGGCUAAAAAUAAUCAUGUGUGUACGUUGGUACGUGAUCUCAAUCAAGUGGGUGAUUUACAUAUGGCAGAUGUCGGUAUAGGAUACCCAACAUGGGACCCAAUACCGUUGAAUUUUGAGGUUGAAUCUCCCGUUUAUCACGUUGGAUUUCUCUAUUUCAAGUUUCAGCGUAAUGGUGAUAUAAUAACUCGAUUGCAUAAAAACGAUAAGAGGUAUGAGUUCCCUGUCAACAUUGAUAGCAAAGCGUGGCAUGAAUUUAUGGUUAUGCGGACCACUCCCUGUGAGUUGACCGACAUGCAGCCAGUAAUGACGGCUAUGUACACAGUUCCAGGUGCUUAUAACAGCUCAUUUCUGAAGUCUCUAAAAUGUGUCAUAUUCAAGAACGGUAAACUUGUUGCGUUUAAAGAUUCAACUUUCCUGUACGAAAAUGAUGAUCAUCAAUUACAAGUUGAGCAGAUAACAACGCGUAAAAAACUUGUUUCUAAAAUACUAAUGUAUUUUCCUCAGUUCACGCUUAACAUGGUUGAAGCUGCUCUGGAUGCGAGUAUAACUCUUAAAUUUGAUUAAAAAUGGGUCAUUUAAUAGCUUAAACGACCAUGUAUGUAUAUAUAUAUAUAUAUACAUAUAUACAUAUAUAUAUAUAUAU